GCCGAUUGCCGAUCCCUCGAGGCGCGGCCAAGAGGACUUCGCGCGUGACCCUGGAUCAACCGUGAGCUGUAACCGCCGGUUCAGGGCCACCGGGAGGUUUUUGCCGUGAAGUUCUCCACUCGGGGGGGCGUUUGCAUGGAGAGUCCUGAGCCCGAUGAGCUGACCGGAUCUUCUCGCACACAAUCAAGCUUCGGCCGCCAAGGGCGCCGAGUACGCCGAGGCUGCCGAGACCGCGAGCACUCCCUCCGUGGUAGCAAUCCGGUAGCUGAAUCCGGGGUAGGACAGCCCCUGAGAAAUGCUUUGCUUUUCUCUCCAGCGAUGAUCCCUUUCUGUUUGGGAAACAUUCGGCAGGGUCACGAUCGCGAAACACACGUACUUGGCAGCGGUUGAGAAGCCGUCCCUCCGCGUUGGCACUUUAGCUGCAGAACAUCUCAUCAAAACGAGCACUUGGCUUUGAGAUGCGAGUGUGCGGCCGCACCGAUUCAGCCUUCGGAUGGGCUCCGAGAUGGUUGGAGCUUGAGGCAAAUGGCCAUGGAUGAGACCUAUAUAAACACUGCUGCUGCCAUGAAACAGCUCUCAAUGUUUCGACAGCCAGCCACGGACAACUAGCCAGCAUCAGAGCAACUGAUAAACUUCCUUUCAUCAUGACUUCCAAAACCAUCAUCCUCGGCCUCUUCUUGGCCGGAGUCGAAGCCCAGCAGGCUGGCACCCUCCAGCCUGAGACCCACCCUCGAAUCACCUGGCAGAACUGCGCCUCCGGGUCGUGCACAAACACCAAUGCGGAAGUCGUGAUCGAUUCCAACUGGCGAUGGACUCACACUGUUGGGGGAAGCGAAGGCUGCUACGAGGGCAAUUCGUGGACCGGCGCUUGCACGACUGCUGAGAACUGCGCCACGGGAUGUGCCCUCGAGGGCGCUGACUACCAGUCGACCUAUGGUGCUUCCACCAGCGGCGACGCACUCACACUCAAGUUUGUUACUCAACACGCGUUCGGCAAGAACGUCGGCUCUCGGUUCUACCUCAUGAACGGCGAGAACCAGUACCAGAUGUUCAACCUGCUCGGCAACGAGUUCGCCUUCGAUGUCGACCUGUCUACCGUCGAGUGUGGUCUUAACUCGGCGUUGUACUUCGUCGCCAUGGAGGAGGAUGGUGGCAUGGCUUCUCAGCGUGACAACAAUGCUGGUGCCAAGUAUGGUACCGGAUACUGUGACUCUCAGUGCGCCCGUGAUCUCAAAUUCGUCGGUGGAAAGGCAAACAUCGACGGUUGGCAGUCAUCCACUUCGGACCCCAACUCCGGCGUGGGUCCCUAUGGAGCCUGUUGCGCAGAGAUCGAUGUCUGGGAGUCCAACUCGCACGCAUUCGCCCUGACCCCUCACCCAUGUGAGAACAACGAGUACCACGUCUGUGAGAAGGACACCUGUGGAGGAACCUACUCCGAGGACCGCUUUGCUGGCGGCUGCGAUGCCAACGGCUGCGACUACAACCCAUACCGCAUGGGCAACACUGACUUCUACGGCGCCGGCAAGGUGGUCGACACCACCAAGAAGUUCACUGUUGUCACUCGCUUCGAGGAGAACAAGAUGAGCCAGUACUUCAUCCAGGACGACAAGGUUAUUGAGAUCCCAGCACCCACGUACGAUGGCAUCUCUGAGACUGCCGACAUCACCCCCGAGUACUGCUCCAACAUGCACACCGUCUUCGACGAGUUCAACCGCUUCGAGGAGGUCGGAGGCUGGCCCCAGCUCAACAAGGGGCUCGGCCUUCCCAUGGUUCUGGUCAUGUCCAUCUGGAACGACCACUACGCCAACAUGCUCUGGCUCGACUCGACCUACCCACCCGAGAAGGCUGGCCAGCCCGGCACAGCACGCGGAGACUGCCCCACGAACUCCGGAAUCCCAGCCGAGACCGAGGCCAAGUUCCCCAAUGCCCAGGUUGUUUGGUCCAACAUCCGCUUCGGACCCAUCGGGUCCACCUACGACGGCCCAGCUGCUUGAAAAGCUCUUUGACAUUGAACAAAAGACUGGCUUUCAAUUCUAUGUACAUUCUGCACAGGAGUCGCCAUGGCUGGGGCACGCUAGGAUACAACUCUCUGGUGGCUUUUCUUAUAUAUCAGCUGUCAUCUUGGGCUAUCUAGGCGGGUCGUUACAUGUAUGGAAGACUAGAUUGCGCCUCAGCUCGCAACGCGACUUGCCCUCAAACAUUAAAUAGUCCUAGACAGACAAUCUUCGAUCGUUC